GCAGGUGCGCAGGCGCGCAGGGGGUUGGGGGCAGGUGGCCCGGGCCCCCGCCCCCGGCCGCGUGUAGCCCCAGGUGCCCGGGAGGUCAGGCCCGGCAGCUCGCCGCCCCCCGGAGCGCCGCCAUGGACGCCUCGCCCGCGCUCCUGGGCACCCCGCCGGCUGAGGUGCUGGAGGAAGCGCUCCGGGAGCAGUUCGGGCCGCUGCCCCACUUGGCCGCCAUCUGCCGCCUCAAGCGGCUGCCGUCGGGCGGCUACUCGUCCAUUGAGGACCUGCAGCUGGUGCUGGAGCGACGGCGCGUGGCCAACGCUAAGGAGCGCGAACGGAUAAAAAAUCUCAACCGCGGUUUUGCCAAACUGAAGGCACUGGUGCCAUUUCUUCCCCAAAGCAGGAAGCCUAGCAAAGUUGAUAUCCUUAAAGGUGCAGCUGAAUAUAUACAAAUUCUCAGUGAUGUUUUGGAAGCAGCCCAAGACUCUGAGAAACAAGACCCAGGUCGUCAGAGCUAUGGCAACAAUACUUUUGAACCGCAUAUACCCUUGGCUAGAGAGCUAUCCAGAAACAUCAUCCAACACGCUGGCUGUCCUAUGAGCUUGAAGAAUGAGGAGGAAGGGUCCUGGGCAGAUGGUGGCAGUGGUGAGUCGGCACACACUUGUCACCAGAGGGCGAAGUCUACGAAGGGAGUUAUCUCCCCAACCAGAAGUCUGAGCCAUUGGAAGAAGCACCCUGCUUCUCCACGUGGAUCUUUUGUUCUUGUGUCUCAGUGUUACACAAACAAGACUCUUCAUUCCAUCCUGCAACAUGAUUGCUACCAAAACAAGAAAGGAUAAAUUCCCAGAAGUGAAACUGCAUCACAGGUUCCCUCAAGUAUGAAAAGUGAAAAGGCUGGCCCAGGGCUACCUUGUACAGACAAAUAA